AUGACUAAUGACAAGGGAGUUGCAAAAGAAGUUGAAUGGAGAAUCAAAGUUGAAGAUGAAAGCUUGGAUAUUGGUGUGAAUGAUCCAAGAAAAUUUAUCCAUUGUUUGAAAGUAGGAAUAGCACUCACAGCUGUUUCACUUUUCUACUAUUUAAAGCCUUUGUAUGAUGGAGUUGGAAGAAAUGCUAUGUGGGCCGUCAUGACCGUGAUCGUCGUCUUCGAAUACACUGCCGGUGCUACAAUAUAUAAAAGUAUAAACAGAAUUUGUGGAACUACCCUUGCUGGGCUUCUAGCCUUUGGUGUACAUUGGGUUGCUAGUAGAGCAGGAGAUCAAUGGGAACCUAUAAUUGUUGGAGUCUCACUCUUUCUAUUAGCUUCUGCAGCCACAUUCUCAAGAUUCAUACCAACUAUAAAGGCUCGUUUUGAUUAUGGUGCUAUGAUAUUCAUCUUAACUUUCUGUUUAGUUUCGUCACCGGAAACCUCGACAAAACUCGCAAACUCCUUGCAAGGUUGUGUGGCUCAGUACUUUGAAGCCCAAACUGCAACUGAAGAGUCUAACAAAAAAAUCAUGGGUUAUAAAUGUGUGCUAAACUCAAAAGCAACAGAAGAAUCAUUGGCCAAUUUAGCUAGAUGGGAGCCUGCACAUGGAAGAUUCAAUUUCUGUCAUCCAUGGAAACAAUAUCUUAAAAUCGGAGCCACAAUGCGUCGAUGUGCUUCUUGCGUUGAUGCUCUUAUCGGAUGUAUACAUUCGGAAAACAAGAGCUCAAAUGACAUAAGGAAGAUUAUGAGCAAAACCUCUAUGCAAGUUGGUGACAACUCUGCAAAUGUUUUGAGAGAGUUAGCACUAACAAUAAGGAAUAUGACAAAAUCUAACAAACUUGAUAUUUUGGUCAUGGAGAUGAACAGUGCAGCACAAGAGCUACAAAAUUUAUUAAAAUCUUAUCCCAACACACAAAAUAAUGAGGAUGCAAAAAUGGAAAUUCCAAUAAUGGAUAUUAUUCAAGUGGUCACCAUGGUUUCCUUGCUUACUGAAAUUGUAGCACGUGUGGAAGACAUUGUGAAUUGUGUUGAAGAACUAUCAAGUUUAGGUAAAUAUAAACCAGCAGUGUCCAUGUGUGACAAAUCCAAACAACACUCUACAGAUAACAAGAUUUCUCCAGAACAACAAAAUGAAGAGGAAGCAAUAGUCAAAACACUUCAAAUGGUAUGA